AUAGCUUCAUUUUUUCUAAUGGAAAUCCUUUCAAGCAAAUGGAUAUCUGAACUGGAAAUGGAGGAUCCCAGUUUUUUCCCACAACUGCCUACUGUCGACUAUUCAUUUGAUGAUACAAAUUUCCAAUCCUUUUCUUCUGAGAGCUAUUCGUCUUAUCCAAAUAUAGGUCAGAAAAUCUCUCAAAACGAUGUUUCAUGCAACAAUAUUGAAGCUUACCGUCAGGAGGACAAUGAGUUCACAAGGCCAAUGAAACAACUCAAAACCAACAACUGGAGCUUUUCCUUGAAUCAAAACAUCCCACCAAAGGUUCCUUCUUCAUCUUCCCCAUAUUCCCAGAUAAUCUCCUUCAACAACUCCGAUUCACCUCCGGCUGUGUCUCAACAACACUACGGCCUUGACUGCGACGUUAAACCAAACAAUAAUGAGGUUUCAAAGAGGGUGGUGCGUUCAUUGACUAGGACUCCACUACAUGCUCAAGAUCAUGUGAUUGCUGAAAGGAAACGCCGUGAAAAGCUCAGCCAGAGGUUCAUAUCACUUUCAGCACUCAUUCCUGGCCUGAAAAAGACGGAUAAGGCAUCGGUUCUUGGAGAUGCUAUCAAGUACCUGAAACAGCUUCAAGAGAAAGUGACAACACUGGAGGAGCAAGUUGCUAAGAAAGCGGUGGAGUCAGUGAUCUUCUUGAAGAAAACCCAGAUUUAUGCAGAUGAUGAGACAUCUUCCUCCGGUGAGAAUUUUGAGAGUCAAUUUAACAAGCCAUUCCCUGAGAUCGAAGCAAGAGUUUCAGACAAAGAUGUGCUUAUUAGAAUCCACUGCGAGAACAGAAAAGGGUUCAUCUCCAAUAUAAUAAAAGAAGUCGAGAAGCUUCAUCUCUCUGUGCUUAAUACCAAAGUCUUUCCCUUCGGACAAGCCACUCUUGACAUAACCAUUGUUUCUCAGGUAUUGCCUUUGUUUUACUUUUUCCAAAGUAGAUUUCAAUAUGCAAUUUCCAAGUUAAACCCCUUGACUAAAACCUUGAAUAUUCCAUGAUUAUUAUCAUCACUUGCAGAUGGAAGCUGAGCUUUCAAUGACAGUGAAGGAUCUCGUGAAAACCCUACGACUGGCUUUGAUGAAGUUCAUGUGAUUAACAACCAUGUUCACAUUGAGAAAACAAGAAUGCCACCAGACUUCUUUUUAUCUCUUUUUUUUUUUUUGGAUCAGUGAUGAUUUUCUACGGUUAAUCUUUUGUUGGGUUUUUUCCUCAAACCUUGAAAGAGAGAAACAGUAUCCUGUGACCUGCCAUUAUCCAGAUAGCUUGGAGGAUCCAGAUUUGGGAGCAAAGUAGGGUUUCCAUGUGUUUAGUUACUAUUUUUCGAGGUGUUGACGACGUUUAAUUUUUUCCUACUUGGCUGUAUCUGGAUUCUCCAUAGCUAUGAAGCUUCAAGAGGUUUUUGAGGGGUUUUGACCUAAAAUAUGUAAGUGACCCCUCUUCCCCCUUGUUUUUUUUUUCUCCAUUAAAAG